UUACUAUACGAGCAGCCUCACUCCCCUUCCCAGUUCAUUCACCUCCCUAAGAAAACUCGACAGCACGACUAACAUUCGUCAAUCCCCAAAAACUCGUUUCAAACAUUCAACUGGCAUGUCUUCCACCUCCGUGACAGGCUGGUACCGCAUUAUUGAACACCACAUCCAACCAUCCAAACGCCUCACGGGUGCGAUCAAAUGCCUCAUCGACAUCUUCUUGCUUCGUGACAUCGACCUUGAGCACCAGGAACUUGAAUAUCGAGCCGCAAGAUCGCACAGGCCCUCUGGUUUGCAGAGAGUCGCUACUAUGAUGUCUCCUUGGCUGAGUGCGUACUCUGUCAUGCACCUUCCGAAUCCCGACGACGUGCUCGUCACAUGAUGGGUUUUCCUGCUUCGGUCGUGGCUUUUAUGCCACUAUGUCGUGCCCCAGUCGGAAACAUUUGUAAGACUUGUCACUGGAAAUGCUACGUCGGAGAGUUGACAGAUCAGCAGUUCGUGAGCGCCGUCGGACGCAGGUCACUAGUACUUUGGCACUCUCAAAAACCAAAUACUCAGGGAACAUCAGUCAACUCACUCAUCAUGUACUUGUCUUAUCUUCCCUAUGUUUUACUCCGUAAGUCUCAGGAUCAAUUGAUACGUAUUACCGCUUCAAGUCCUAUCAGCCGGACGGACGUACUACUGAUUUCCAUCGGAUGGUAUCGCCAGCAGAACAAACGGAGCAAAAGCUCACCGAUCAUCUUCGUCCUCAUGAACGCUUCCAAGAUUCCAAGGAUAGGUCUUCGACUACUAAUCUGAAGCACCAUGCCAUUGGCUGCUGUGGCAAAGAGGCAGUUGACCUUGCAUUUAGUAGCGGAAAGGUACAGGCACAGAGUGGGUCAAUCUUCUCCACCUUUGCUCG